CCACCACCACCACCACCUUUAAAAAUGGUGAGAAAGAGGGCAGCAUCCGAUAUGGAACUUCAGACAAGUGCAGCUGAUCAUCAUUACCACCACCGUUUAUUACGUCGGCUACCACCACCAGCGUCCUCAACGAAUCCUGCCCCCAUUGACAUUCAUCAUCUUCAAGAGACGCCUGAUAAUGACAAUCAUCACCUUCUUUCGGGUGUACCUGCAACUCCGGCAGCCCUUAAUGUCAACACCAAUGACCUCCCCUCCAACUACUCCACUAUGACGCUACCAUCAUCAUCAUCUUCCACAAAUACAUCUCAUGUCAUCAUGUCGUCAUUAUCAACGACUAAUUACAUGAUGGAUUCACACUCUCCUCCUCCUCCUCUAUGUGUCUUUUCGGGUCUUCCUUUGUUUCCUCCUACGGACCAUAGAAAUUUCAAUCAUCAUUUGUCAAAUACUACUACUGCUACCGGAGCUUUACCCAAUCACCAACUUGUUACUAAUAACACCGCCGGCGCCGGGAUGCCCUUCUUGACCAGUGAAGACACCGUCUCCGCCACCGCAUGGAUCGAUAGCAUCAUAAAAGACCUGAUUCACAGUUCCACGGAGGUAUCCAUACCCAAUCUCAUUCAAAACGUAAGAGAGAUCAUCCACCCUUGCAACCCUAACCUAGCCACCCUUCUCGAAUAUAGGCUUCGCUCUUUGACAGAUCCUCCUCCAAAUCUAGUAGUAGAUCAGCAAUCCGGUCAUGAUAAUAAUAAUAAUAAUAGUAAUAGCAAUAAUAAUUUUAACAACAGAUUGUUGAUGAGAGGAAAAGAUCAAGCGCAAGCGUCGUCAUCCAUGCCCCCACGCAACAAUCCAUCUACUAUUUCAGGACUCGAAGGUAUGUUCCUUCCAGAUUCACAGCAACACUUGAAUAAUCAUGGCCACCUGGAAUGGGGUGGAGUCGUCACUAAUACCAGAAAGGACGACCAGUUCCUCAAUGACGAUUACAACCCUAGUACUGGAGCUCCUCCUGCUGCACUUAUUUCUUCAUCCAACAACCAGGAACAGCUGCAGGAGUCUCCACCAUCACAACCACCAUCAGCAACCGACCACAACACAGCAGCAGCAUCAGCACAAGCAGCAGCAAUGUUGUUAAGAGAGAAGAAGAGAGAAGAGAUACGGCAGCAGAAAAGAGACGAACAAGGCCUACAUCUGCUUGCUUUGCUCCUGCAAUGUGCGGAGGCAGUUUCAGCUGACAACUUUGAGGAGGCCAACAAGAUGCUACUAGAGAUCUCCGAACUCUCAACUCCAUAUGGGACUUCUGCUCAGCGGGUUGCGGCCUAUUUCUCAGAGGCCAUGUCCGCACGGCUGAUGAGCUCUUGUCUUGGGAUAUACACCACCCUUCCUCCCAAUGCAGCGGUUCCGCAAGGGCUGAAGAAGAUGACGUCAGCCUUCCAAGUGUUCAACGGCAUCAGCCCUUUCGUUAAAUUCUCACAUUUCACAGCCAAUCAAGCGAUACAGGAGGCAUUCGAGAGGGAGGAUAGGGUGCAUAUCAUCGACCUGGACAUCAUGCAAGGCCUGCAAUGGCCUGGGCUUUUUCACAUAUUGGCAUCCAGACCAGGCGGUCCGCCUUUUGUACGACUCACCGGAUUGGGCAACUCGUUGGAUACCUUGGAGGCCACCGGAAAACGGUUGUCUGAUUUUGCAGAUAAACUGGGACUCCCGUUUGAGUUCUCGGCUGUGGCUGAUAAGGUCGGGAAUUUGAAUCCGGAGAGAUUGAAGGUUAGCAAAAGAGAAGCUGUUGCUGUCCACUGGUUGCAGCAUUCUUUGUACGAUGUCACCGGCUCCGACACCAAUACUUUAUGGUUCCUGAAGAGAUUGGGUCCGAAAGUGGUGACAGUGGUGGAGCAGGACCUGAGCCAUGCAGGAUCAUUCUUGGGAAGGUUUGUGGAAGCGAUUCACUAUUACUCGGCAUUGUUUGAUUCAUUGGGAUCGAGUUACGGGGAAGAGAGCGAAGAGAGGCAUGUGGUGGAGCAACAGCUGCUAUCGAAGGAGAUAAGGAAUGUGUUGGCGAUCGGAGGGCCAUCUCGGAGUGGGGAGAUGAAGUUCAACAACUGGAGGGAGAAGCUGGAACAAUGUGGGUUCAAGGGCAUAUCUUUGGCUGGAAAUGCAGCUGCCCAAGCAACCCUUCUUCUUGGGAUGUUCCCUUCCAAUGGUUACACAUUGGUGGAGGAUAAGGGUACCCUGAAGCUUGGAUGGAAAGACCUUUGUUUGCUCACUGCUUCUGCCUGGAGACCUUAAUUACCAAUUGAUUCAUUAUAUAUGAACCAUUUGGCAAACAAGUUUUGAAGGAUAUGGUUUUUUGUCAACAAUGAAUGGACCAAGUAUGAUGUUCAUAAAUUAUAUCUCAAAGUAUUGUU